AUGGUGCAGACAGUGAAGGGCAACAAAGUUAUUCAGCAAUGGGGACUCCCAACUCCCUGCGAAUGUAAAUCCCGCGACAAUACUGCAGACGUCAUAGUCCCCGCAAUUGGCUUCUGGAAACCUUCCGCACUUUUGAAGCUGUUGGAUCUCAGUGUUUCUCAAUUUUACUGGAUUGAAACUAGUCAUAAUAUGGACUUUUGCGUUGAAAGAUCAUGGAGAUAUUUACGAGUCACAUUCAGAGAACAGGCUCUAUCUUAUCAUAUCCAUGACGAUGGUAGAUGGCAGCUAUUGGGAUCUGAGCGCUUGGGGAUUGCACUCUGGAAGAUCACUACAAAAAAAACUGGCACAAGUGUUAUAUUGCGAAAAGCGACCGAAUAUUGGCUGGGAGAUUGA